AAUAAUGAACGUGCGAAUGAGUUGAACCAAGGUUUUGUUAGAGAAAAAAAAAAUGCCAGUUUCUUCGUGAUUGUUUGUUGACAUUUCUUUCUCGAUUUUGAUCACGUGACCCAAUCAUCCCUAUAUUCGGUCAAUGAUGACAAGGAUAACGAGUUUUUUUAACUGAUUUUAGAGGUUGAUCUGAAGCUGCAAGAUUUUUUUGGUUUGACAUCUGUUUGUUUCCAAAUAAGCUCAAUGUCAAACUUCGAGUUGCAGAUUUACUGAAAAAUUUCAAGAUUGCAGAUCACCAGGGCGGCUGAACUCUCGGUACACGUCAAGAGAGUACUUUGAUAAAGUACUUUCUCUCAGAACAGACUCAUGAAUGCAAGGUGAAGAAAAGAGAUACUUUUCAUAUCUAAAAUAAAGGAGAGAACUCCAUAUUUCGGAUAUGUUUGUUCAUGAUUAUUUUAUUGUGUGAAUCAUGACUUCUAAAUACGACGAUAUGAUGAAGGGGAAGAAUUACUUGCCAUAUAACAUAGAUUAUAUGCCACCAAAAAUUAGGCAAAAGGCAAAAGAUGAGCUCAAAGAAACAGAUGAGAUUGUAGCUCCAUCAUUGGAAAAAAUGAGAGAGCUCAUUCGAGGCGAAAAGAGAUUCAAAUGCCCUAUGAACGAUGAAUUCCUGAUACAAUUCUUGAGGGCCAGGAAAUUUGACGUGAAGAAAGCGUUCGCCCUCCUUCAAAGCAUGUUUGAAGUAAAAAAGUCGUAUUCGGACAUGUACGACCAAGCCGACAUGGACGCCCUUCGGAAGGUCGUCGCAGCUGGACCCGGAUACUGCUUUCCUUACAGGGACCCCGAUGGCUGCGUUGUGCUGGUGUUGCAACUAAACAAAUGGAAUCCAGAUGAAAGCAGCAUAUCAAUCGGUUUGACAGCCUUAACUGCUCUCCUUUUGAGCAUAGUGGAAAACCCAGUCACCCAAGUCUGUGGCGUCCGUGUACUGGUGGAUGUGAAAGGAUUUACCUUACGACAAAUGCGCUCGGUCACGCCCAGAUACAUACAUCUACUAUCAAGAGCUUUAAGGAAUUGUUUUCCUAUUCGAUUCAAAGGAAUUCACUUUUUCAAUGAAUCAACUAUCUUUCAAUAUGUCUGGUCUGUUCUGAAAAUUGUCUUAACUGAAAAAAUUCGAAAAAGGGUACACUUCCACGGAGACAAUCAGAAAAGCUUGCAUAAAUUAAUACCCAAAGAAAUUUUAAAUGCCGAAUAUGGCGGCGAUAAUAUUUGCUACGACGGUGGCGAGUGGUCUACGGAGGAAAUUAACAAGUACGCCCCAACAUUCCAGAUGUUAAUGACACAAGGAUAUUAUUAGUAAGAUAUUCUUGUCGUCAAGGUGACACUGAAUCGGAGUCAUUUUCAUAUUACAUGUAUUAAAAUUCAAAACAGUUUUAAUCACGAAAGAGGAAUUGUAAAGCACGAACUGCUUUAUAAGGAGAACCAUUUCUGUGCUUAUAUUUUUCCAGAGAUAUUCCUACUUCGGAAUUUCUUGAAGAAAAUGUGUAUUUAAUCACCAGUGAAGCCUUUGCAUAGUGAAUCAAAGUGAUAUUUGAAGUGAUAUCAACGAAUUUUGAGUGAGAAAACUUAUAUGCAUAUUAUUACUUCCCAAAAGAGAAAAUGGAAAUUCACGGGAAAAUUGAUAUUUUCUGUGUUUUAUUAAAUAACAGAAAUUUUCUUUGGAACGGAGAAUCAUUUCAGGUGAAAACUACUGAAUAAAUGUCUUUUCUACUUAACCACAUCAGCUAAGAUAUUAAUUUAUUUAUUUAACCUUUGUUAGUUUCAACUCUCUAAAAAGUAUAUAAUGCAUCUUAUCAAGCGGAAAAUAUUCAUAACAACAUGAAUUAACAUAAGUAUAAAUUAGAAUAACAUGGAAAGUUAUUGAAUUGUAAAUUCUAAUUGUUUUUGUUUUUAUUCUAACAUAGUAUAUAGGAGCACAAAAGUAACUACAAAGCAAUAGUAUAAAAUUUAGGUAACCGUAAACGAGAUACUCAAGCCUUGCCUUGGCAUCCUGGGUGAACUGAAUGAUAAGACCGCCAUGAUAUUAAAUCAGACACUGAGAUGAAUUCACCAUAGCCCUCAUUACGCCCCAGCUCCUGCUAAAGGGCACGACCCGAGUUAAUUCAACCCCAACCAAAGUGAGGCCCCGUCGUGGAGGCAAUUUAACCCCACACCAUUUCUAUACCUACCUGCAGACGAGAACCUGCUUACUUAUAUGGUAACUUCUGAUCACCAUAUCUGAGAGGAGGCUCCCAGUGGGAUAAAAUGCAAAUAAAAUAAGUACCCUUUCAACCAUUAAAUUAAUCCCGAAUGCCACUAUAAAUCUAAAAUACAUAUUGUUCAAAAAAUGCGAAUAUGCCUCUGUAAAAUGUUUUAACCUACAUUUUCAUAUCUGACAUGGGCAUUUCUUGUAGAUUAAACGUUUACCAUCAGCUAAGAUAGGAAGCGUUCCAUAAGCAGUAUUGCUGUUUCGCCCAUAUUCAGUUUUCUUUUUGUUUUCAGAUAACGGCAGAAAUUUUAUAAGCCGCCUUAUAUCCAAGAAAAGCAUUGCAACACUAUUUAGAAUGCUUCCUAACUUGUAUUAAUUCUGUAAAGUUCUGAGAGUAGUCUUAGAGAUAAAUGAAAAAUAUCCGACUUAAAAACGAAUUUCAUUUUGGAGUAUGUAGUUACAAUGGAAAAUGCCGUCUAUUUUGGAAUAGAUAUUUAUAAAAAUUUAAAUAAAAUUGAAGUAUGUUUUUAGUACUUCAAAUCAUAUAUUUCAUUUUCGCGAUGUAUAAAAUCAUUCGCAGCUUGUUGCCAGUAAAUGUAUAUAUUAAUAUAUUUAACACAAAAUCGUUAUGUUUUUAUUUUACACUUUUUUAUUUAAAAAUUACUUUUGCUCUCUCUUUAAAAUGAAUUGUUAGAUAGAAACUGUGUUUCUGUUGUUUCCGAAUGAGAAUGACAAAAAACAUUUAAAAUGUACUGUAUAUAUCUUUAAUUUUGUACUGUAAUUGCUAUUACUAGAAUUGUAUAUUUUUUAUUGUAAAAAAUGCCUAACUUGUAAUCUUGUGUAACGAUUUGGAGGAUGGCAUUAAAGGAUCUGUUGUCAUUUACUGAAUAAAUGCAUUAUUAAUGAUGCAUUUUCAUUGUAUAAUAUUUCAAAUGAUUAUGUUUUGUUUACUCAAUAAUGUUUAUAAAGAUAUGAUGUAUACAAUAAAAUCAAGACUUUUAUUUUA